GGCUAGCUCAGGGUUGUGGCCAAGGUUGGAGGAAGCGCAUCCACGGCAACAGGGCUAUCUGCAUCCUCCAUGUGUUUCCUGUUGAGGUGCUGCUAUUCAGGGUGGGUCGGAGAGAAAGAGAGAAAAAGAGAGGGACAUAGAGCGAGAGCAAGGAGAGAGAAAGAAAAGACUGACGAGGCCAAAACUGAGUUGUUUGUAUUAAGUUUCUGUCUGAGAACGUAUCAGUGUGAGUGUGUGUCAGUAUGUCUAUGCAUGUGUGAACGUAUUUGUGAUACGUGUAUGAGGGUGUGCAUGCAGUGCGUGGUCCUUCUCUCCAUUCAUCCCAUCAUGCCCCUAAAGCGAUGUGAUCCGAGGGCCGUGGGUUUUGUGAGGUUGACAGUGUGUGUGUUGAGUUGGCUGCUAUGUGUGUGUUGGGCUCCAAUAGUAGUGGAGGCUGCUGGUACUCCCCCUGCUCCCCAGCAGAAAGCCCUCAGCCUGCAGAGAGCCUUCCUGGGGCUGGACAAGUGCAAUGCCUGCGUGGGGACGUCCAUCUGCAAGAAGCUCUUGAAGGACCAGAUAAGGUUUGAUUGGUGGAUGUCCCCGGAUACCACACUCCCAUUGGCUGAGAAGCAGAGUUUCCCAGGGAACCUUACAGAUGAUUCAUUAAGCUGGCGUCCUGUGGUCUUGUCGUUCCUCUCCUCCCCCCGUCUGCACUCGUCCUCCGACCGUUCAAUCUGUCGCUCGGUGGGACGGCAGGGUCCCUGCAGCAUCGAGGCCGUCCUCAGGGUCACACCCAGAUUCCAGAGCUUGAAUCAAUCACAUCUUUUGCUGCCCCAUAUUGUGAAGGGUUUGGCACCUCCCCUGCUGCGCUGUCCCUCCCAGAGACUGCUGGACCGCGUUGUGCGCCGCUAUGCUGAGGUGGUGGACGUGGGCAGUAUUCAGAUGAAGCACUUCUCAGAGAGAGACAAACUACGGCUGCUCUACACGCUAGCUGUCAAUCAACAGCCUCUCAUACUGCAGAUGUUCCCAGGCACCGAGGGCUGGCCAUUCCCCCGCUACCAGGGCUCGUGUGGCAGGCUGAUGGUGUGGGCAAGCUCCAGGCCUCUGUGGGGCCUUUAUGGUUCAUCCAGAGGGUGGGAGUUCAUCCAGAGGGUGGACGUGGCCUACCAGCUACUCCAGAUCACCCAGGGCCUGGGCCACAACAGUCUGGGUUUCCUGCUCUACUACACCAGGCUAGAGGAGGAUAUGUUCGGCCUGCUGGAUGACCAGCGAGUGUUCAUCACAGAUGCCAGCAGCAUAGGGGUCAUUGACCUGGAGCAGGGGCUCCCCCCAGACCCUCCCUCCCAAACAGGCUCUGGCGGGGACAUCUUCUCCUGCCUGGGUCAGGGUGCAUCCCCCUGCCAUCGCUCUCCUCCCUGCAGCUCUGUCCGCCCUACCCAGAGCCUCACUCUGCUCUGCACAGCACUCCUGCCCAGACUGCUGCUCACAGAGAGGGGGGCCCAGCCAACCAGGCUACCCAUGGAGGGUGAGGCAGAGGCGGGGAGGUUGGCAAGAGACGUGCCCCUGUUGCUGGGUGUGUGUGCAGACCCUAGCCAGCCUGACUGGAGGAUCAUGGCAGCAGUAGGAUCUCUGAUGGACCUGCUAAAACCCAUGAGGCCCUGCAACCCACGCUACACCUACAGGUACCCAGAGUGCAGAUACAACCAAGACUACUGAGAGCUGACAGGACUACAAUACCCAUACUACCCUGCUACAGCCAUAGACAAUGUUAAGUCCAAAGGUUCCCAGAGUGCACAUAUGAACUGUGAUCCAGACAGUUGGUGGGACUGCAGAGCUUUGAUAUUAGACUGACAAAGGGACUCUGUGGAGUGUUGUGUGCUGGAAUGACUAUGCACUGAGCUGAAUUGACUACGCACACAAAGGGGGUGGUGGUUCUGCACGGGCAGUGUAUGUGAAGUCUGUAGUACUUAGCAGCUUGUAGUGCUUGGCUGUAGUGUAGUGCUUGCCGGCUGCUUACCUGCUUUAGACCUCAGCUACUUUCAGGUGGUGAACCGGUCACAGCAGCUCUGUGCAUCAUAGGAGAGAUGAACAUGUAAAGAAGAAACAUGAGAAGUUUCACAUGUAAAUAAAGACCUUCUGUUAAAUGACGCAUAAAACAUCUUUUAAACAAUAAAAGCAUGUCAAGGAGGGUCUCUGCACAAUGCUUUGCUAAAGCAAUUUUAUUCAUUUAGAAAACAGGAGGGGCCGUGUAUAAAAUGACAUGACUCCUUCAAAUUUAAUGGCAGGAACUCUGAAGAAAAAAAUUACAGCAUUCCAACAAAGAUUUUCAAGCAAUAAAUAUGCAUUUUAUAAAUAAGGGAAAUUUACAACAAGAUUAGAAAUAAAAUGAAAAUCACAAAUUAAAGUUUAUUCCUUAAAAGUCUA